CACAUCAUGGACUCUCUUUCCUCAUCUUUCCUUUCCACCUUUCCACCACCAAACUCCACCGUCUCUCAACCACCACCGUCGCCACGGUCCUCCUUGCCACCACCGUCUCCGUUUCGUGUCCGGUCCGUCCGAAUCGAAGAAAAACCACAAACCGUCACGACCACCACCAAGAGGUCCAGUCAAGAACGAACGAAAAAGCCAACACCAUCAACGAAGAAUGCGAAUCGCUUGAGAAGAUCAAUGGCGGUAGAUCAAUCACUACCUGCCACCAUCUUCAAUGCGUUUGAUGAUAUCAUAAACAAGUUUAUAGAUCCACCGGUACGGGCUUCGGUUGACCCGAGACAUGUCCUGUCUGAUAACUUCUCGCCGGUUAACGAACUCCCUCCGACUGAGUGUGAGGUCAGUGAGGGUGCACUUCCGAGUUGCCUUGACGGCGUUUACUUUCGUAAUGGGCCGAACCCGCAGUUUCUACCACGGGGUCCGUACCACCUUUUCGACGGCGACGGUAUGCUACACGCGAUUCGUAUCUCGAAAGGAAAAGCCACGUUAUGUAGUCGGUAUGUGAAGACAUACAAGUAUAACAUAGAGAAGGAUGCCGGGUUUCCCAUCAUCCCGAAUGUUUUUUCGGGAUUCAAUGGUUUGACCGCCUCCGCGGCUCGCAUGGCGGUAACCGCGGGACGGUUUUUGGCGGGCCAGUUUGACCCGUCCAAAGGUAUUGGCUUGGCCAAUACCAGCUUGGCGUUUUUUGGCAAUAAGCUUUAUGCAUUAGGGGAGUCGGAUCUCCCCUAUGCCGUUAAACUCGCGCCUGAUGGUGAUAUAAUCACUCUCGGUCGCCAUGACUUUGACGGAAAGCUUUUCAUGAGCAUGACGGCUCACCCAAAAAUCGAUCCGGUAACCAAAGAAGCUUUCGCUUUUCGCUACGGUCCAAUGCCCCCUUUCCUAACAUUUUUCCGAUUCAACGAAAAUGGAGAGAAACAAGCCGACGUUCCGAUCUUCUCAAUGACGAGCCCGUCUUUUCUCCAUGACUUCGCCAUCACUAAAAACUACGCCAUAUUUUCGGAGAUCCAAAUCGGGAUGAACCCGAUGGAGAUGAUCGGCGGUGGGUCCCCGGUGAGUGCGGACACCGGAAAAGUAUCUAGGGUUGGGGUUAUCCCCAGGUACGCUAAGGAUGAGUCGGAGAUGAAAUGGUUCGAGGUUCCAGGGUGGAACAACGUACAUUCCGUCAACGCUUGGGAGGAGGACGGCGGAGAUACGGUGGUGAUGUUGGCGCCGAACAUAUUGUCGGUGGAGCAUACGUUGGAGAGGAUGAGUCUGAUCCAUGCGUCGUUAGAGAAGGUGACCAUUAAUCUCAAGAGUGGGAUGGUAUCAAGGCACCCGCUUUCAACCAGAAAUUUAGACUUUGGCGUCAUCAACCCGAGUUUCGUCGCUAUAAAAAACAGGUAUAUGUAUUUUGGAGUUGGAGAUCCAAUGCCUAAGAUUUCUGGGGUCGUCAAGUUAGACAUCACAUUGUCAGAAGUUGACCGCCAGGAGUGCAUAGUGGCUAGCCGGAUGUUCGGCCCUGGUUGUUUUGGCGGUGAGCCGUUCUUUGUGGCCAAGGAACCAGACAACCCUGAUGCCGACGAGGACGAUGGGUACAUAAUUUCAUAUGUGCAUGAUGAGAAUACCGACGAGUCAAAGUUCAUGGUGAUGGAUGCCAAGUCACCGACACUUGAGAUUGUCGCCGUUGUGGACUUGCCUCAGCGAGUUCCGUAUGGUUUUCAUGGUCUCUUUGUCACGGAGAGUAAUAUGAACAUGCUAUGAAAAAUGAAUCACCCAUGCUUAUUAUAGAAAUAGAUGCAAUAGAUAUUUUAAAUUUUCAUGUAUAUAUAAGAUGAUCAAAAAA